AUGACACGCUGUUUCAAUACGGCGUUACUUUCCACGUACAUUCUUGGCGAACCUGAUGCUCUGCGCUCUCUGCACAGGGUGAUAUGCCACGUCCGGCUACAUGCUAGGGAGGCAUUGCUUCUGAAACUGCGGUUUCUAUUGGAGCUUUGCCAGCAGCUGCAUGAAUGGCAGAGUGUAUCAUUGCAUCAGACUGAGACGGAUAUGGAAAGGGGCACAAGGGAAGGGGUGGCGCUAGAUGGGGUUGGUGAGGUUGAUCAACGGCGGACUAGCUUCCUGGGUGGUUCUUCUGGCGAAGUGCGAGAGCAAGAGCAGGAGGGGCAGGGUUUGCAGGAGCCAGGGGAUGAAGGUGUGCCAGAUAUUUUCCCCGGAUGA